ACUAUAAUACAACGCAGGAGAAACAAAAAAAAAAAAAAAAAUUGAAAUAAAAGCGGCGCAGAAACAAACACACACAGCAAUUUGUAGAGAGAGAAACAUCCCCAGAGCGAGAAAGUGAAAGUGCCGUCAUUUUCCCGGAAAAUUGAUUGGAAACAGAUUCAGACUCACCCAAAGAUAGCGUCUUAACACAAAUUCUAACCGCGUUCUUUCAUUUCAUCACUCAAAUCGCACUUUCCACUUCUAAAUUCUCUUCUUUUUUCCCUCAUCUUCAACCAUUCUGUUAUCAUCAGCAUUACUGGAAGUUUAGAACUUGUUUUUUACUCGUUCAGUAUUAUUCUGUUGUCAAGAGAAAAAAAAAAUGGCAUGAUGGAACAAUCAAGAUUCGACAAACAGCUUCAAUGCAAUACCAUGGAACCUAGAAAUGAGGAAAUCCAGCCUGGAUCUCAGUCAAUAAUGCAGGACUAUCUGGACAGCAUGUAUGCUAAUAAAUCAGACAUUAAACAAGUACGGAAUUAUUCAAUACAAACUGGUGAGGAAUUUUCUCUUGAAUUUAUGAGAGACAGGGCAAAUCUCACGAAGCCUGUAUUUUCAAAUGUCAGUGAUUCCAAUUCUACAACUAAUGGUAUGGAACCGAAAGGUGUUUUAGGCAUCAGUCAUGCAGGAUUUGAGAAUGGCUCUGGCGUUUCUAUGCUCCCAACGGUUGAUAGAGGCUUAACAGAGUUUAACAGACAGAGUACAUGGUUACAUGGAGACAGAAGCAAUUAUGGGUCAAUUCGAUCAACACCAAGAACUCUGUUGAAUCAAGACAGUGGUCAAUUUGGGCGAGGGUGUGGUUCUUAUGGUGGCUCGGAUUGCUCAUCAAGGAUGAUGAAGUGUCUUUGUAGCUUUGGUGGUAGAAUAUUACCAAGGCCAAGUGAUGGAAAACUAAGGUAUGUGGGUGGUCAGACACGUAUUCUUCGUCUGAGAAAAGACAUAUCUUGGCCGGAGCUUAGGCAGAGAGCAUUGUUAAUCUACAACCUGGUUCAUAUACUAAAGUAUCAACUUCCUGGGGAAGAUCUGGAUGCUUUGGUAUCUGUAUCAUCUGAUGAGGAUUUACAAAAUAUGAUGGAGGAGUAUAAUCUUAUAGAAGAUAGAGAUCCCCCACAAAAGCUUAGGAUUUUUUUGUUUUCAAUGAGUGAUUUAAAAGAUGCUCAGUUUGCUCUCAGCAGCAUUGGUGAUGAUUCUGAGUUCCAGUAUGUUGUUGCUGUUAAUGGCAUGGACUUGGGAUCAAGAAACAACUCAACCCCACUUGGUGUCAGCAUUUCAGCCAAUGGUAUACGUGAAUUUGACAAAAAAGCUAUUGAAAGGGAGACUAGUAAUGUUGCUCUAGAAUCUAUAGGUGUCAGGAAUGCGCCCUUGACUAACAAGUCUGACACUCCAUUGGCUACCAAGUCUCCACAGCAAGUAUUACCGACGUCUAUAGGUGUCCGGAAUGCUCCAUCGACUAACAAAUCUGACAUUCCAUUGGAUACCCGGUCUUCACAGCAAGUAUUACCGACAUCUAUAGGUGACAGGAGUGCUCACUUGACUAAUAAAUCUGACACUGCAUUGGAUGCCCACUCUUCACAGCAAGUAUUACCGACGUCUAUAGGUGUUAGGAGUGCUCCCUUGACCAACAAAUCUGACACUCCAUUGGAUACCCAGUCUUCACAGCAAGUAUUACCGGCGUCUAUAGGUGUCAAGAAUGCUCCCUUGACUAACAAACCUGACACUCCAACGAAUACCCAGUCUUCACAGCAAGUAUUACCGACGUCUAUAGGUGUCAGGAAUGCUCCCUUGACUAACAAAUCUGACACUCCAUUGCCUACCCAGUCUUCACAGCAAGUAUUACCGACAUCUAUAGGUGUCAGGAAUGCUCCCUUGACUAACAAAUCUGACACUCCAUUGGAUACCCAGUCGUCACAGCAAGUAUUACCGACGUCUAUAGGUGUCAGGAAUGCUCCCUUGACUAACAAAUCUGACAUUCCAUUGCCUACCCAGUCGUCACAGCAAGUAUUACCGACGUCUCCAGAUGCUUAUGAAACUGAUCAGCUGACUAAUGGUGACCAAAUGACGCAAUCUGCAGAAAUGAGUCCUCAAUAUGCUGUUCACCAUGGCCUUCAUCCCUCUCAUAACCCUGUUGUUGGUGAGGCUCCUAUUUCUAUGGCUCCACAUCUUUUGAACAAUCAACCAGCUAUUCUGAAUGAAGGCCAUCCACCUAGUGGAGUACAAAUUCAAAAAUCUGAACUAUCUACCUCACAGGUGGAAACUAUAAGGGAUAAUUCAGGAAAACAAGGGAGUGACCAUGGUAACAUUCUAUCCUUGGAAACCCCAGCCCCGUCUCCGUCACAGCCCUUUGAUGAUUACUUGAAAAAUAAUGGUCCUGAAGCAUCAACUGUAGUUAUGCCUGAGGGGCAUCUACCUUCGUCUCCUUGCACAAAAAAAGUUCCGCACCAUGAUUGUGAAGAGGCCUCUUGUACAUCUAGCAGUUCAGUUGUUCCUAAUUAUGUUGAUUCCCACUCCAAUGCAAUUGAUUUGAGUUGUCUUCAUCCUCCUCCAGUUCCUAAAAGAGUUUACUAUUCAGAAAGAGCUCCGAGGGAGCAAGUAGAGGUCCUGAACCGAUCCUCAAAGUCAGAUGAUGCGCACAGCUCGCAGUUUCACGCGUCAGAUUUGCUUUCCGAUAGCAAGCCAGAGGGUCCAGUAACAGAAUCUGGCGAAAACUUGCAUGAUGGUAAUCUGUUAGAUCCAGAUGAGAAACCAAGUAUUUCUGCAAAGCCCUUUCCCGCAGAUGACCGUACCGUUGACAAUGGGUUUGCCACCCAUCAAAUGAAUAAACUGUUGCUUGAUACAAACAGCGAGAUAAAGCCAAACCUAUCUGAGCACAUGGGUCCCAAGUUGAAGCAAGCCUUACUGAGUAACGAAGGAAUGAAAGACGUGGAAACUAAAGAUAACCAUACCAAGACCUUGUUUGAUGAAACCGAAACUAAAUGUGGUAAAUCAGAUCUUCCUGCUCUUCAUCAUGUUUCCUCUGUUGAGCGCCUUGAUGUUAUAGCAUCUAAUCUUCCAGAGAUUGAUUGGGGUGAGGCCUAUGGGAAGGAAUCUAAUGAUAACCACAUGGUGCAAGAACAACCUGUUUCUUUAGCUGGGAACGUAACAAACGAUGUUUCUCCAGAUUUUCCCCCAAAUGUUUCCAAGCAAGUACAAGGUGACAUUCUAAUUGAUAUCGAUGAUCGAUUCCCCCGUGAAUUGCUUUCUGAUAUGUAUUCUAAAGCAAUACUCCAAGAAGACCCCUCCAGUCACCCACUACCCGCAGACGGAAUAGGCUAUAGUGUAAAUAUGGAAAAUCACGAACCUAAAAGUUGGUCAUACUUUGGAAAGCUGGCACAAGGGCUUGACAAUGUUUCUCUUAUUGAUCAAGAUCAUCUUGGUUUUUCGCAUCAUGCUACACGUCAAACAACUGAUAGAGUUCGUCUAGAUCACGAGGAUUCCCACCUCAAUUUUGGUGAAGAAAAUCAGGACUUACAUAGAAGGAUUGGAGCAGAAACCCAUGUUCUGAAGUCCAAUUAUGAUCAAUCCCAACUUAAUGACACCAAAAGUAUGCAGUUCGACAAAAUGUUGGAGAAUGUAGGAGCACAAGAGUCUGGGUACAAGGAUGGGAAGUUUGCAACCAAAAACUGCAAUCUAUCUUCAGGAAAUUUUGAUAUCGGUUCAGUCCAGGUCAUUAAGAAUGAAGAUCUUGAAGAGUUGAGGGAACUAGGUUCUGGUACAUUUGGGACUGUGUAUCAUGGAAAAUGGAGAGGAUCAGAUGUUGCUAUCAAAAGAAUAAAGAAGAGCUGCUUCACCGGUCGAUCAUCUGAGCAAGAGAGACUGACUGCAGAGUUUUGGCGAGAAGCUGAUAUUCUUUCGAAGCUUCAUCAUCCAAAUGUGGUCGCAUUUUACGGUGUAGUACAAGAUGGACCAGGAGGAACAAUGGCUACUGUUACAGAAUACAUGGUGGAUGGUUCUCUUAGGCAUGUAUUACUUCGCAAGGAUAGGUAUCUUGAUCUUCGUAAAAGGCUGAUUAUUGCAAUGGAUGCAGCUUUCGGAAUGGAAUAUUUACACUCAAAAAACAUUGUGCAUUUCGACUUAAAAUGCGACAAUUUGCUUGUGAACUUGAAAGAUCCUUUACGGCCAAUAUGCAAGGUUGGUGAUUUUGGCUUGUCAAAAAUUAAACGAAAUACCUUAGUUACUGGUGGUGUACGGGGAACUCUACCUUGGAUGGCACCAGAGCUGCUUAAUGGAAGCAGCAACAAGGUCUCAGAAAAGGUUGAUGUCUUCUCCUUUGGCAUACUUUUAUGGGAAAUUUUAACUGGUGAGGAGCCAUAUGCCAAUAUGCACUAUGGUGCAAUUAUAGGUGGGAUUGUAAAUAACACAUUGCGGCCAGCCAUUCCAAGCCACUGUGAUCUCGAAUGGAGAACACUGAUGGAGCAAUGUUGGGCACCGAAUCCUGUAGCCAGGCCUUCCUUCACAGAAAUUGCAAGUCGCUUGCGCAUAAUGUCCGCAGCAGCUAGUCAAACUAAGCCACAGGGAAACAAGCCAUCUAAAUGAGUCAGAGAUAGCAUUAUUAUUGCUAUUCAUAAUUUCAAAUUUAAUUUAUUUAAUGGUACUCCAGGGAAGUUGUAGCAGGGUUGGUGCUAACCUUUAGGUUUUGAAUUUUUCUUUCUUUCAAAUAGAUUAGAUUAGAUAUAUACAUAAUAAUCUAAUACUGUGCCAGACAAAGAACUUGUUGUACACCAAUGCUUCAAUACAAGUGCAAAAUCAUCAUUUUCGUGGCUGCUUACUCUAUCUUAUCUACAAUUGAUAUCAUUCAUUGUGUUCUCUAAAGUGGGCUGUUCACUUCAAAGAAGCUGAUUUUUUUUCAAUGUGUUCUUCCACCAAAUCAAAAAUAGUUUUGUUAAUCCAUAUAAUAGCAGUUUGGGAGGAAAAAAAUGAGAC